CGCGGCCGCUGGCUUCACGCGUGACCACCGCGGGAUCCAGGAAGCUUCCGCGCGCUCAACGCAGUAACGAGGGCCCCCCCCCCAAAUCGCCAACCCUCCCUCAACCCACGGGUCGGGCGCCGCUACACUCCGAGUGUUUAAAGUGGUUGUGGUGGUGGUUGUGGUGGUAGUGGUUGUUGUUGCUGCUGCGCCGUUUUGGCAAUCGAGAUUAAGUAAUUAACCAACCCAGCCGGCAAGUCGUCGUCGCCGUCGUUCUCGGCAGGCAGGAAGGAGAGAGAGGCAUGUGUGCUGCGUUCAAUCCCUCCGCCAGCCUGCUCGACGAUUCGGCGCCCAAGCAGUAUGACCCCGACUUCACGCAGGACAUCAGCGAGAAGAUGAGGAUCCCCAACACCCUGAAGGUGGCAUCCACCGAGGCUGACGCCGGGCAGGAGUCCCCGUGGCCCAAAACGCAAAACUCACACUAUCAUCACCCGGCGAUGGUGAUGGAGGUGCCGGAGAGGAUCAUGGUUGCCGACUCCGGGCAGGACUCCAGCCGCUCGUCUAUGCAAGGGCCACGGUUCUCCGUGGAGCUCCCACGGGAGAUGUUCCACCUGCAGACUCCGCCGCGCGUGCUCACGCUGGAGGAGCAGCCGCUGGACUACAUCAGCCUCGUGCCACCGGCAUCAUCGCCGUCCGUGGCGGCCGAGACGCCAUCGAGACCGCCGGCGCAGCGAAGAAAGAACCCAGGUGCUCGGCCGUACAGGGAGCGGUCGCUGAGUGAGCGAGGACCUCGGCUGGGCACGCCCGCUCAACGGCAGCAUGCCCCAAGAUCCCUUCUCAGUCCUUCCAAAUCCAGCCCUUCCCUCAAUCCGCGCAGGCAAGAACUGGCGCUCGUCGAUGACGUGGGGGAGGAUCAGUACGCAGACGGUUUGGAGCUGGAUCUUGCAGUCGUGAACAGUCAGGUUUUGCGGCUGGCGGGCCGGUUGCAGGCGGUGGAACGCGCCGCUCACGCUCGCCAACGCCGAGAGGUUCUGCUCUUCUCGCUCACCGGGCUCGUCUUCCUCUUGAACGGGUGGCUCUGGCUGCGACGGUGAUGCAGGUGGCACGAGGCUGCGCUGCACUGAUGCUUCCCCCAAUGAGGAGAAGCUGCGGCCGCCCAGUUUAACCGGUGUGAAAAUUCACAAAUAAAAUCCCCUUUAUUUUAGUAAAAAAAAAAAAUCUGACUGUUUCCAGGGGUGGUGCUCAUCUCUUGCUGGAAGUCCCUGAGCCGGCGGUCAAAACUCCACGAUCCUAUGGCAGGGCCAGUAUAUCCGUAGGAGAUUCACUUGACUUAAAGCUUUCGUGACCGCAGGAAUUCAUAUUCUUUGGGUCUUUCGGUAAGGUCAUGUUAGAUAGGUUAAAAGAAAAUAACAAAAAAACUACGACGUUUCGAUCGCAACACAAGCGAUCGUCAUCUGGAGGAUGAACAGGAGAUUCGCUGUUGACUUCCCACAAAGUGGCACGCUUGUUGCCGACACUGGAGCGAUGGUGUGCUCGGACGAACACCAGAUAGGAAUUUGAGCUCUCGGUCAUUUACCACCAGCCGGACGUGUUGGACUAUUGGUGACGUGCGCACAUCAUUGUGCCUGUUUCCCGUAAUGCCGUGUAUAGACUAAACACUCUUCACCCAAGUGCAGGGGUGCGAAACCUAUGGCCCAUGUGCCCAGUGUGGCCCGUGACCUAAUUUAAUGUGCACCGUCACCCCCCCCCUUUCCCUGGUCACACAAGGUUUACCACUUGGAAAUGGCCUGCAAGACAUAUUUAUCCACGGCAAGCAUCGUAGCCGGACUAUUUGGGUACUAGAGGAAUAUUUUGGACACUGUGUCAAUGUCGAGCACGCUCAAUCACCUGUAAAGGUGAGCCGUAAUCUCUUUUAAAGUUUUUAUUGGAUAACACUAAGGUGCGUGUUAAUAUGUGGCAUGCCAAAUAUAUUUUAAAUUCCUAUUUGGUCCCGAGUCAGGAUUAAGGUUUCUCGCAUCUUUUCUGCGUGCAUCUCCCCGAGCUGCGAAGGCUCCUCUCUUUCCAGUGCGUUCUGUUGUGAGAUGUUUAGAACGAGUACGCCCUGCCCACUCGUCACCGAAUCUAAUUGCACAAUUGGGGCCCACCGCAAUUGGUAAAGGCAGUUGAUUGUGCCUCGUUUUUAUUUUAUAAUGCAUUCUUAUUGAUCUGCAGUCCGUAUGGACCACGUCUCCAAAUAUAAUUUUACAAUCAUCACCCAUUCAGAUAUUUACUAAGCCUCAACGUUUCGUUGCAAAUAGACAAAUCUCCAUGCAGACACGUACUGAAUUGGUCUGUAAUAAGAUAGGCUUCUUGUGUUUAGUUUGUUGUCCCCCCCCCCCCGCGCACAUCAGAUAAGCACGGUUGGCUACGUACGGUGCGAAAGAAGUUCAACAUACGUACAUCCAAGACGUCACGGAAAAUUCCGUUGAUGCCACUGCAUCACGCCAUCUCUUUCUCCUUUCUGUCAGAUCCCACAUCUGCUGUACAAUCGACACCCGACCUCAAGCUCUGCUCUUGAGUCUCCACGCCACCUGGCUCUAGGGUCUUUUUCUUGGGCGCAGACGUCUGGAUUUCACUUCAAUGCCUGUCCUCGGUAACCUUUCCCCCUCCGCCAUGUACUUGUGUUCCGCCCAUCGCAACUUGUCGUUGCCGAUGAACUUUACUCGGCCGCCACGUUAGAUUCGAGACCACAGCUGUAUUCUAGCAUCCUGACUGCAGGGUUUGAUGGAUCACGUAGAGCUCGUUGUGCUUUGUGAGGUUCCCACCGACGGGGCUGUAAAGUGGUCUCUGAAUUGGCAGUACAGGAAGCAGGUUGCUCACCCAUGUUUGACGGCUUGUCAGUGUCGGGCUGCCAUAUGGAAUCUGUGGAUUUCUCCAGUUAACUCCAAUUUCCUCCCAGACAAAGAAAAACUGAAGACAUUUUCGCGCACCACAUAGCAAGCAUUAGAAAUAAAUCCAUACGAAGUCAUUUUUUCAUAAAACUUUUAUUAUAUCAUGUACAAGCACAAUAUCUUUGCUAAUCCACUGCUGGAUGAGGGCUUCCCUCGCUGUGCGCGGAUUGUGGGGGUAAUCUAACCAACCAUGCUCCCUCCACGCUGUCAGUGCGGGUCGGUGAAGGUGGGGGGAGCAUAGAUGUGGUAGCAUAGAGCGUCGGUGGGCGACCAAGAGGACCGCGUGUGUCCCGUGGAGCCACUCAUGGCGGCCCCGUCACACGUGUGUCCAGGGUGAUGCUUAGGUGCGUGGGGGGUCAUGAUUAGUGCACAUCCACGGUGCCGAGCUCGCGGCCCGGCCAGGUGAAGGAGGGCCGCUCAUAGCGGCCCACUAACUCGUCUGGGUUGCCCACCGCUGGCAGAGAUGGCAUUUAUAGUAGAACAAUGGACUUUGCCCCCUGCAGCCACCUAUGAUGCCCUUGUCUGUGCGUGGCGGUCGCCCAGGCAAGCACUCGAUCCAGGCUUUGACGAUGCUCGGCUUGAGAAAUUUGAAAAGAUGCGGUGCACUGCGGGAGAUUUUUUGGUCACGGGCAUGACCAUCCCAUCCUGAAUAGGCUGAUUGACUCGGAUUCCGGGCUCUCCUGCGUGUGUAGAGGUGUAAUAUUAUAAUGAAUAAAUUGGCAUCAGUCCUUUCAUUAAUUGCCGCGUAUAUUAUACUUACACCACAUUAAUAUGUACAUGAAUCAAAUGUAUCUGAAAUUAAUUUACCAUUUGACAAUCUAUACUCAUUCAUUACCUAUUUUGUAAGGGAUACCGGAGUUUCUGAUUACAAUGCAUUUAAUUGUCUAUGAAUACAAUUCCUUACACUCCUGAUGCUUCAUCAAAGCGUGCACGUUCGAUUCAGUUACGCACAUCUGGCCAGCAUCAAAAGAGUUCGUUCUCGCGGAGGUCCUUCUGCUACCAGUGGCGUCAGCAAGCGGUCGCAAGGGUUGGGCGCCUCUCCCGAAGCAUGGUGGAGCAGUAGAAGGAACCCGUGCAAACGAGCCACAGAAAUGUAUACCGAUGCAAAUAAGAUGGUGCAGCUGCAAAAAAAUUGAGCCAAAAUGAAUUGCUGCUUCAAAUCCAACCAUGACCUCGAAUCUUGACAAUUCGUCUAAUCGCAUCCCGUUUUUUUGACGGUCGGUUAUCGUUUUAUUUCCCAGUGGCUAGAUUACAGCGAAUGUGUGCUUGGUUUCCACUUUAUCUGUGGGUCCGUUUAAUGCUGUAGUUUAAUCGUGAAAUUGAGAUGGGAAACAUCUGCAGAGAAUGAUUUGGAUUCUGCUUUUGUCGCCUUUUUUCCCCGCGGUUUCAGAGAGACACUCACAAACAGCAGCAGUAAGCAAUGACGGCUGUAACUGUACUGAUGAGUCCUAAUUAGGCUUAAACCGGUCCACAGUUGUCAUUCCUCUUCUACUAAAUACUUAAAAAUUUAAUGGGCUGCAAUUUCAUCUCUGUUGAGAUGGUGUGGCGAGUGUCGGCCACGUGCGCAAGUUAUGUGGGAAUGGUGAUGCCACCACCACCUUGACAUGCAAAGUAUGCUUUGGCUUCAGGUUGGCUUUUGCCGUACAAUGUAUUAUCAGAGAGGACGCUGUCACCAAAGGGGAACGUUGGAUUCUACCGACUGCCCUGGUAGGAGAUGCCGAACGUAAGCCACCACGCGUCAACGUUGCGUCGAGUAUUUGCUCUGCUGUCAUCAUCGUCAUCAGCCAUGAUCUAUCCACUGAUGAGCGAUGGUCUCCCCAAAGCGUCGAUACCUCUCGGCCUUGCGUUGCAACAAUCCGUCGAACGCCUGCGCACGGGCGCAAUCUACCGCUCCGUCUUCGUGGUUGACGCUGAAAUAAUCUCUUUCGAAGGCAUUCUUCCGUUAUUACCAAGUAGUGUUCGAACCUGAAUAUAUCUGACCGCCUUGCAGUGUAUGUGUUGUUGAAAUAGGCACUUGGAAAGUGUUAUAGCCUUUUUGAUGAAAUAACAGCAUUUAAUUUCAGCAAUAAUGCCCCCAAAUUGAAUGGGAUUUGGCAAUAAUAACAAUAAUAGUACAAUCAUUCCCAAAGGUUUAUUGAUACGAUGAAAAAUAUCAUGUGAGAUUACAUUUUUCAAUCAAACUACAUGAUUGGUAUUUUGUUUUAUUCCAACUCUCAAUACAGUGCAUUUAUUAUUUGGUGCCGCUGUAUUAAAGGUAAACAAUUGGGGAACUGUGUUGCGGAUGUUGUACAAUAUUUAACACAAUUUACAUUCAUCUGUACAAACAUGAAUACAAUUCCUAUGUUUUAAUCAUACUCGUAAAAUAGAAUUGUGUUGUCCAGAGGACACAUGAUUCCACUUUAAAAGGCAUUAAUCCAGCCUCUUUUAUAUUUACCUUUCUCUCGUUAUAUUAUUUUUGUCUGAGCACUGGACACUGCAGGAAGGCAGUGGCUACCGUGUUUUGUAGUUUUUGGGCAGUGAACUUGGUGAUCCGUAAACAUGAAGUGGAAAUUACACCCAGCGACCUGGUGAAUCCCAAUUUUCAACGCAUACCGCCGACCCGCGACCAGUGGGGCAGCAAGUCGGCCCAGUUUCUGCACCUAGAAAGUGGUCAUGGUUCUAGUUCCCAUGGUAGCAUUCGGCCAAGCCAGCACCAACAACGCCACGUGGUCUGCAUUCCCAAGGGAGAUGUUGCUCUCUAACAUGGGCCGCCCCAGGUUAGAGAGUAACAGCUCAUCUGCAACGACUCGCCCUUGAAAAAGAGCUUCUCAGCUCAGUGGGCUUUAAUCGGCAAAGGCACUUCUGAUUAUGAAAUGUAGCACCGUGUUUGCGAAAAAAAUAAUACGCGGAACAAUAUAAAACAUUUUUUGUUUUGGAUAGCAUAACCUAACUCAAGCCUACGUAAGUGAAACCUUGUUAAAAAGCAAAGUGAAUGAGUGCGUCCCUCUAGCUGCAGAGAGAAUGGAGUUGGAGUUGGGUCUUUCCCUGGGUUGGGUCAAUGGGCCUUGCAUAGUAAAUACAAACAUUGUUUUAGGGUGAGACAUUAUGGUAGGGUCUGCAUCCACAGAGAUGGAGACUUGAAGUGUUGAGCCUUACCUGGAACAGCCCAGCGUGGUUUGCGUCUGUUUUCCAAUGGUCGCGGAAACGUAGCAACAUUGACAUGACCUCGAAUAGAGAUUAAUUAUUAUUUUUUCCUUUGCAAGGCAAGUGUCUGUUGGUGUAGAAUUGAGAUUUACAAAAAAACGAAGGUUACCUGUUCCCACGUCCGGCACCAUGAUAAGUGGACCCUUUUGGUCAGCUUCUUCGAGAUUGCUGCAGCGUGGCGGAUAUUGUCAAGUUCCUGCUUUUCGUUGUGAUUGUUAUUCUGGCUGAACGUGCGGUGCUCUAAACGCGCAGAUUUUCAAUGUCCGUGUUGUGCGUGUGCUUUCUUCGAGACUUGAAACAACAGUUUUUGUCUUGUCUGCAAGUGCAUCCGUUCAUAUUCAUACCACGGUACAUGACCCUUGUUUAGUCAACAGGCACUGUGCUGUGUAAAUGUGCAUACUGUUAAAUAAAGACUAUUCUUCCAAUGAACUUGAA